AUGUUUAAGAAUAUGCUUAGACCACAAAAAUUAAUAAAAUUUUCAACAAGAAGGGCCACUUUUUCCACAUCAUCGAAAAAUUUAGUUCAUUUUAAAGAUGGGGUUUAUAAUAAUAUCCCAUUCAAAGUUCAUAAUAGGAAAAUACCCUUUGCUGUAGUCCAUUUUGGAUUCUUCGGUGUUGGAUUUUUGGUCCCUUUCAUUACGUGUUAUGUUCAAAUGAAGAAAUCUGGUACAUUAUGA